AUAACAUAAAAACAAUAGUUUUCAUAAAAAAAUUACAUAAAAAAAUCUCAUAAAAAAAUAACAAAAAAUCGCAUAAAAAAAUAACAAAAAAUAACAUAAAAAAAUAAUUGCCCCUGAAAAGGUACCCUAACCAAAAAAAGUAUAUCAUGCGGCACGAUACGACGAUACCUACCUGCCACGCAGCUUAAAUAUAAUUUUAUAUUUAUCCCCAAAUGGGGGCGCGUAGCUUCUGCCACUGAAACUCAUGACCCUACUUCUCAAAAAUUUACAAAAGAUAGUUCAAAUUAAUUUAAAAGAUAUAAGCUAUGAUAUAAAUAAAAUACGAAAAAUUAUUGGAGUUUCACAUUUAAACUUAGCUGUUUUAUGCGUUGAUAAUGAUUAUAUUAAAUAUUUAAACAAAACUUAUAGAAAUGAUGACAGAAUCACUGAUGUAAUAUCUUUUCCACAACUAGAAAACCUGGUAAAUUAUCCUAUAGUUAACAAUGAUGAGUGUUUGGGCGAUAUAUUUUUAGCUUUGCCUUAUAUUCAAGAAAGAGCAAAGUCAAAUUUUAACAAAGAAAUUCAGAUAUUAGUUAUACAUGGAAUAUGCCAUUUAAUUGGGUUUAAUCAUACUGAUGAUAAAAGUCAUGAAGAAAUGGUAGAGAUAUCAAUGUCCAAGGAUGUUUUUAUCAUCUAACUCAAUCAACUCAUAGAAAGAUCCAGGAAUUGGGGUUAGAAUCAUCAUAUCGGACUGAUCCAAUGGUAUGCUUAUUUGCAGCUAUGAUCGAUGGAUUAGCAUUCUUACCUAUACACGAUGUCAAACGAGAGAAUUGAGACAUGGAAAAACUCUCAAAGGCAAGUUAGAGCCAUUGUUCCCACCAGAAACAUGGAAUGUGUUCAAUGUUACGAUUGCUGGGGAAAAUCGAACAAACAAUGUAUGUGAAGGAUGGAAUAAUCGAUUUAAGCAUAUUGUAGGCAACAAAAAACCGAAGAUAUGGGAACUACUCGAAAAAAUAAGGAUGGAAAUAGCGGUUGAUAUGGGAAAAAUCGGCCAAUGGAAUAUUGGGACAUACACUCCCAAAAAAAUCGUAUUUAUGCACCGAAACAAACUAUUUAAAAAAAUUUAUGCCUUGAUUAUUUAGAAGAGAGAAGGGACUUGCCCAAUUUUCUCUCUUCAAUUG